UCAGUGGAUGGUGCUUGCCUAGCAUAUAGGAAGCCGGGUUUCAGCCUCGGCACCACAAAAGAAAAGGCAGAGGGUUUUUGAAUGACUGAAUGAAUCCGUGAAUGCUAACAGCAACUCCAUGAGCCUCUUAGCGGCAGACUUUUUUGCCCUUCCCAGCCUCCUUCGCCUGCCUACCAAGGAGGCCACGCCAGAAGCUCUGGCAGCAGAGAGGAGGGAGGGACAAUUCUGACACAGAUGCCAGCAGGCCUGAAAACCACAGCAACCGCCAGAGCACAGCAGCAGCCAGGGAAAUGCAUUCCGCCCUCGCCCUCAGAAGCCAGAACUCUGCGGCCUCCAACCGAGCAAGGGCGGCAGCUGGGCCAGGAUGGCGUGGGGGUGACAGCGACAGCGGCGAUGCCCCCGCGCCCCGACCCUAGGGCUGCGCCCCGAGUCACCGAGGUCUCAGCCCGCAGUGAGUCCCUGGGUGACACCAAAAGGGCAAUACCUGGGUCGAAUGGAACCUCUACUGAUGCAGAAGCAUUACUGCAAGCUCAAGUCCAGCCUGGGCUAUGAAGUGAAUUCAAGGCCAGCCUGAAUUGCAUAGUGAAACCCUGUCUCAAAAAGAUGAAAACAAACACACAAACCCAGGUGCUGACCUGAAUCUGACCAUCUAACCAAACCUCUUCUGAUCACCCACAGUGAAAGGGAACGAGGUAGCCAAAUGGAGACGUCGAUAGUCAGUCCACCGGGGGAGAAAGACACUUCUCAGCCACAGCAACAAUGGGAAAAGAAACCCCAGGACAACCUUGAUUCCACUGCUCAGUGUAGGCAGCAGCCCAGAGACCUUCCUACUGAGACCUUUGAGCGGGGAGUGAGCCCUGACAGAGCAAAUCGAAAUCCAGAGAAUCUUCACGAGGCUGAACACCUGGUCGCUGGACUUGAAGGAGACUCUGAUAAAUCUCAUGAAUCAACUUGUGAGAUACCAGAGUCCCUCCAAGCUUCUGAUGUCUGGUACUGUCCCGAUGGGAGCUUUGUCAAGAAGAUCAUCAUCCGUGGCCACGGCUUGGACAAACCCAAGCUGGGUUCACGCUGCCGGGUUCUGGGUUUUGGAUUUCCUUUUGGGUCAGAGCUGCCAGAGGGCUGGACAGAGCUAACUGUGGGAGAAGGGCCAUGGAGGGAUGAAACUUGGGGGGAGCUCAUAGAGAAAUGUCUGGAAUCCAUGUGUCAAGGUGAGGAAGCAGAGCUUCAGCUCCCUGGGUACUCUGGACCUCCUGUCAGGCUCACACUGGGCUCUUUCACCCAGGGCCGGGACUCCUGGGAGCUGGAGACCAGCGAGAAGGAGGCCUUAGCCAGGGAAGAACGUGCAAGGGGCACAGAACUCUUCCGAGCUGGGAACCCUGCAGGGGCUGCCCGAUGCUAUGGACGGGCUCUUCGGCUGCUGUUGACUCUACCUCCUCCUGGCCCUCCGGAACGAACUGUCCUUCAUGCCAAUCUCGCUGCCUGUCAGUUGCUGCUAGGGCAGCCCCAGCUGGCAGCCCAAAACUGUGACCGCGUGCUAGAGCGGGAACCUGGCCACUUAAAGGCCUUAUACCGAAGAGGGGUAGCCCAGGCUGCGCUUGGGAACCUGGAAAAAGCAACUGCUGAUCUCAAGAGGGUGCUGGCGGUAGAUCCCAAAAACCGUGCAGCCCAGGAGGAGCUGGGAAAGGUGGUCAUUGAGGGGAAGAGACAGGAUGCAGGGAUGGCUCAGGGUUUACGCAAGAUGUUUGGCUGAUUAAAAAACCUUAAAAAAAAAAAAAGAAUUUACAGGAACAUGUCAA